AUUUGCUUCUCGCCCAACUCCACCCAUGCACUGCGCAACACUUCUGAGUUAACGGAGGGAGCAUCCCAUGCCGACCGCAGUUCGACCCACCUUUUACUGGAUAAUACAAGGGGAUGGACGGUAGGCCCCAAACAUCGGCUGCUAUUCUGGGUACCACUCGCUUCUCGACAUCCAUUUUAUAGCCCUCAGACUGCAUUAGUGAUACCUAGAGGAGGUCUUGAGCUUGAUUUGAGCCGCAUGGCAUAUGGACAACAUUGGCAAAAGUGCCGAGAGGGGUGA